CGACUUGAUGACAUUUGCUGCCGGUGUGCCAGAUCCCUGCGGUAAUUACAAGUCCAGAAGGAAAACACGUAUCUCUAUACUCCGUAUUGGUGAGCUGUACGAGGGAAGACAUUUGAGAAUCCACAUUGACCAUGUCAGCCAAUGGGAGCUCGGAGGCAGGCUGCAGAUCACAGGUCAGGGCCAGCAACACCACCUACAGCCCGAAGGACCUGUCAAUCACCACCUCUGCCAUUGCCAUGACUGUCGGCAUCCUCUCCAACAGCCUGGCCCUAUUCAUCCUGCUCAAAUCCUACCAUGCCAUCCGGACCAAGUACAAGGCCCCGUUCCUGCUGUUUGCGAGCAGCCUGGUCGUCACAAACCUGCUGGGCCAUCUCAUCAAUGGCUCCCUGCUGCUGUUUGUCCACAGCUCCCACAGGAGGUGGGAAACCUUCGACCCACACUGUGUCCUGUGCAGCUUUUUUGGGGUGUGCAUGGUGUUCUUCGGCCUGAGCCCCCUGUUACUCAGCAGUGCCAUGGCAGUUGAGCGCUGCAUGGGAGUCACCAGGCCUCUUUUCCACUCCACAGUGGUGGUCCCCCGCCACGUGAAGAGGCUGCUGGGGCUCAUCUGGCUCUUCGCCGCCCUGGUGGCCAUACUGCCCGUGCUGUUAUUGAGGCCGUACCAGGUCCAGCACUCAGGGAGCUGGUGCUUUUUCCAGAUAGGCAAACCCAGAGACUGGCGGGACAGGUUCCUGCCUAUUGUCUUCUCGGUGCUUGGUCUUCUGGCCCUGCUGCUUUCCAUUGUGUUCAACACCCUGACCAGCUGCUCCCUGCUGCAGGCCAGACUGUCCCACAAACACCACUGCAGAGGCACCUCCUACCAUCUGGAGAUGAUCUGCCAGCUUCUGGCCAUAAUGUUGGUGUGCUGUAUCUGCUGGGGCCCUUUACUGAUCCAUGUCAUCAUCCUGAGUGCGCGAGGUGAGGAGGAGCCCUCAUCUUCCAGCCUGCUGCUGGUCCACAUGGCCACCUGGAGCCAGAUCCUGGACCCCUGGGUCUACAUCCUGCUGAGGAAAGCUGUGCUGAAGAAACUCUGCCUGUUGCUCCACAGAUACCAGGGGCCGAAAUCUCCCGACCACCACUGACUGAAGUGUGGCGUGCUGCGGGGUUCACUGGUACCCUCCAGCAUAGAUAUCGGUCCCCCUGACCUCUACUUCUACCAGAGUCCACUAUCAAGACCAUCACGUGAGCCCCAAAGUGCAGUGUGUGAUCUGAGAUAGUUCCUUGGUACUAUGAGAGAAAUGGGAAGAGGAAUUGGAGAAGCGGAGGAGUUUGUUGAAAUAGAAAUUCUCCACUAAGGAAGUCAUUUACCAAUACACAGGAUGUGAUGUAAGAUUCUGCUGUUGCCACCAUGUUACUUCUGGGGCUGGAAGUUGUUAUGAAUGAGCCGGCAAAGUUGUGCUGUGCUCAAUAGAAAGGGCUUGACUUUCUGCAGCUGUGAGUUAUGAAUGAGCAAAAUAACUGUUUUUGACCUUCAGAAAACAUGCAGAAUAACAACAGUUAAGCUGUUUCAGGCAUCUAUCAGUCUACCGUUAUGUUGUUAUCUGUCACACCCCUUUCAUUUCUGUACAGCAGCUCUGAUAUUUGUCUCAAACCACAUACUAUAAGGAUCAGGUGCCACUGGUUUUGGAAGAGAUUCUGUUGGUACGACUUUGGUCUGUUGGUCUGACUUUUACCGCUUUUAUUUUAUCUGAUGGACGACAAACAUGUCUCUGUGAUCUAAAAUGUAUG